ACUGCGCUUUCUUCCAUGCGGUUCACUAUUCUCAGUUCGGCUGUUUUGCUCUUGACAGCAUACACAAGUGCUUUACCUGCGUUGUCGUCGGAUACCCUGGCUCCUCUUUAUCAGCCACAGGAUGCGGAAGCCGUGUCGGAUUCGUACAUUGUUGUUCUCAAGGACCAUGUCGACACCGAAAAGGCGCACUCCCAUUGCGGCUGGGUGAACAAUUUGCACAAACGAGAUGCUCCUUUGGCCGAACUUUUAGACGCGGAUGCCGCAGCAGGUAUCAAACACACGUAUAAUUUGCCCGGCUGGCGAGGCUAUGCCGGUAAGUUUACCGAAGAAACUGUUCACCACAUUCGUCAGUCACCCGAGGUUGCGUAUGUGGAGCGAGAUACGAUGAUGUAUACUUCGGAGCUUCAACGUGGUGCUCCCUGGGGUCUUUCCCGAAUUAGUCAUCGCGACGCAUUGACCCUGCGCGACUUUAACAAAUACUCGUACGACGCCAAAGGUGGUCAAGAUGUCAAGGUGUACGUCAUCGACACGGGCAUUAAUAUCGACCAUAGCGAUUUUGAUGGCCGCGCUGAAUGGGGUGUGACGAUCCCUGAGAACGACAACGAUAAGGACGGUAACGGUCACGGAUCGCAUUGCGCAGGUACCAUUGCCGGCCGACGUUAUGGCGUGGCCAAGAAGGCGAAACCGGUAGCUGUCAAAGUGUUGAGCUCCAAUGGUUCCGGCAGCACGUCCUGGGUAUUGGCGGGUGUUAACUGGGUGAUUGAGCAGCAUCAGCUGGACGCCGAAAACGCAAAGAAGGCCAACAAGAAGUACAAGGGAGCCGUAGCGAAUAUGAGUCUCGGAGGCGGUAAAUCGCGUGCUCUUGACACAGCCGUGAAUCAGGCUGUUCGCAGUGGACUAGUGUUUGCGGUGGCGGCGGGUAAUGAUAACAAGGAUGCAUGCAACUAUUCUCCUGCGGCUGCUGACCUUGCUAUUACGGUGGGCGCUUCGAAUCUUCGUGAUCGCCGUGCUUACUUUUCCAACUUUGGUAAAUGUGUUGAUGUGUUUGCUCCUGGUGAGAAUAUUCUUUCCAUUUGGAACGAUGGAAAGGACAGCACGCAAACGAUUUCCGGUACUUCCAUGGCUUCUCCUCACGUUGCCGGUCUGGCCGCGUAUUUCCUGAGCCUCGAGGAAGAAAGUGUGGAACCCAAGGUGAUCAAGGACAAGAUCUUGAAGUUGGGAUCCAAAGAUAAGCUGGACAACAUCCCCAAGGACACUCCCAAUUUGCUUAUCUUCAACGACGCACCUGAUUCGUUCUUUUAAUCCAUCCAAAAAUCAUUUCUUGUACUUUUUCUAUUCUAGCGAUCUGAAACCAUAGAAUGAUGUGAAUUUUUCAAGUAAUCCCCUUUUAUAAUAACAAUGCUUAAAAACCUUCUGAAAUCUUUGAAAGGAGAUUUUUGGUUCUCUGAAAAAG